AUCCUCCACAUAUUCAAUCUAAAGAUAUACUUCUAUUAUAUAUGAUUGAUUAUCAAGAUGAUAAUUCUGAUUGGUCUGAUAAAAUAGAAAAAUAUUUUGCUUAUCCAAAUGAUUCUAUAUUUAAUAAUAUAAUCUAUAAAACUUAUUUUGAAUCUUAUGAAAUAAAGUCUACUAGACCAAGUUCUGCUGGUAAUGAAAUAGCAGCUUUAAAUGUAGGUGGAAAAACAAUUCAUUCUGCUUUACGGAAUAGCUUCAAAUGA